AUGGGUCAUCCUACCAUGCCUCUCCCUCGCAUCCCAGACCUAAGUCUCCCAUCUUUUCGAGAGCUCGAUGAGUCUGUCGAAGCCAACAGGCGCAACCAACCGAGCUCACAUCCUUCUGAAAAUGUGUGCGAUGGAACAGGUUACAGUUCCUCGUCUUCGCCGCAGAAGAUAAAUCCCAUUCCCAACCCGUACCCACCCUAUCCAGCUAAUGGAUGGCAUAUCCCACCUGACCCCAGUCAGAAUGCGUUUCGAGGGCCCGGAUUUACCUCCCAUGAUGUCUUUGCCGGGGUGGUUCAACGCAAUAGGAAUGUGGACAGAGAGAGAAACUGCACCCCUCAACUCCCUCAACGGUUGAAGGAAACAUUGCCAUUCAAGGUAUCCCCAACCCCCACGCUGUCGACUCUUAGCUCCACGCAGUCGACAGUCCGCGAGCCGCUAUCUCCAGACACCCCGGUGUCAUCAACCCCGGAGAGAAAUCCCUCUAACGCGCCUCGAGAAACCCUGAUAAAUCGAGCCCCGGCAAGAGAUCAGGUCCACCGCCAAAGGGUCAACCACGAUGCAGUCGCAGCCCACCGAGCCCAGAGAAGGCGAGUCGGCGUCCGCUUCUCAGAGGUGGCAGCCCACACCGCAAAGUGCGAUGUAUGCAACAAGCGCAACAAGAACGGUAUGUCUCGCUGCCAGAACUGCGGCUGGCAAAUCUGCCGCAAGUGUCUGACAGACCGAAAUGGAGACCGAACUCACGCUUCCUUUGGGGCUACUCAUGUCCCCGAGGGUGGUGGCGAUAUGCCUAUGUUGUUGCCAGGUGUCGAUGGAAAUCAAGACCACCGCUCCUCUGAGUCGAUUGCUGAAGUUAGGGCUGCGCAAACCCUGCUGGAUCUUGGAUCUGUUGGCAACGGAGUCGGAACUACUACCCUCACCCGCGAUAUGAAAGGCACUGCAGGUGGACAGAAAGUGGUUCCUGCACGUGGCCGAGUCUUGCAGCAGCAGGUAAAUGCUUUGUCUACUGGUUCUGAUGUGACUUUGUCGGUUGUCGGAGAUGCGGAGUGGCCUCAGAAUGAGUCUGAUAUCCCGAUUGGUGAAGAUGGUCUGCCUGUUGGAUACAUCAUUACACGGCGCAACCCUGCGCGUGCUGCAAGACCGUCUACGAAAUUGGCGGAGUAA